UUUUGGCAAGCAGAGUGUGGUGUGUGUGUGUGUGUGUGUGUGUGGAGGGAUAUCGCUGAAGUUAGGAACAGGAAGAGAAGACAGCAGUGCCUUCUCUGACAAACCUUUUCGAGCUCUACUUCUUCUGUCCGCAUCCAAAGGUCCCUCUCAUGGGAAAAGUGAAGCCUGGGCCACUGUCUCGGAGGCCGGACAACUCUGCCUUCAAACAGCAGAGGUUACCUGCCUGGUCUCCCAUGCUAACGGCUAACACUGUGCUGCCUUUCUUCUACUUUAUGGCUUUGAUAUGCAUGCUGCUGGGAGUAUGGCUGCUUCUCACAGUGCAGAGCACACAGGAACUAAAGCUGGACUACACAGAGGCUGGUACGUGUGAUAUAUGUUUUGAAAAGCGUAAAAAUGUGAGCAACGCAGACCAACCCUGCUCCUGCACCGUGGUGUUAAGCAUCAAGAAAGCAUUCAAGGGAGAUGUCUUUUUCUACUACGGCCUCCAAAACUUCCAUCAGAACCUCCGUAGAUACAUGGACUCCAGAGAUGAUGCUCAGAUGGUGGGCAGGAAGAACAACUUAAAGAGCCCGAGUACAUACUGCCUGCCGUUUGACAAAGACAAAAAUGGACUCCCCGUUGCCCCCUGUGGUGCUGUGGCCAACAGUAUCUUCAAUGACUCCUUCACUCUGAGGUAUAUGGCACCCAGCGGUUCAGUGCUGGUCCCUCUGUUACGCAAAGGCAUCUCCUGGUACACGGACAAAAAUAUCAAGUACCGCAACCCAUCGAAUGGAAACAUGACGCUGCCUCAGGUGUUUGAAGGUACAGGCCGGCCUCUGUACUGGCAGAAGCCCGUGUAUGAUCUGGAUCCCCACGACGCGACCAAUAACGGCUUCAUCAACGAUGACCUAAUCGUGUGGAUGAGAGAGGCAGCCUUCCCCAACUUCAAGAAGCUCUAUGGGGUUUUGUACCGAGCCAACAAGCCUUUUGUUAACGGUCUGCCUGCGGGGAAUUACAGCGUCGACAUAUCUUACAACUUCCCUGUGAAGUACUUCCAAGGCAGAAAGGAAGUAGUGUUGACCACGCUGACCUGGUUUGGAGGUCAGAAUCACUUCCUGCCCAUUGCUUAUCUCGUCACCAGCUGCCUGAUCCUACUGAUAGCCGUCAUCCUCACGGUGGCCUGGUGUAAGUUUGGGAAAAGUGGUAGAAACAUGGAGGAAUGAGGGAGGAAGACGUGCUCUGGCAAGCUGAGGAGUGGAAAACUAUCCAGCAGCUAAAAAAGUAAUAACUGUCGUGCUGCUUUCUGGACAACAAAUAUUAAAGGCAAUGAAAGUUAAGGAGAAUGGUUAAAAAGUACAGUAUAUAUGUUGGAAAACCAACAAAGAAUUAAGUUUGGCAUCUGGUAAAUUCAUUUCCCUUUCAGCUGAAUGACCUGCAUGUGUUUGGCUGUCAUUGUGAUAGUGUUGCUCUGAAAACCCGCUGAGAGCUGGGUGUGUUAGCACAGGCGUUAAGCUUUCUUUACAUGUUGAUUUUACUUGUAUUUUUUUAAUACACACCGUGUUGUUCAUGCACUGUUGAUAUUUAUUGACAUAAUUAUCUAUUUCGUACAUUAUUUUAUCAAUAAUGAACUCAAAACAGUCACUGUGCUGUGCAAACUGCACUUACAAUGAAAGAAAAUAGGUAAUUUAACAGAACACUAAUAAAAAACAAAGCAAAAUGUCAUUGUAAUUAAAAAAAUGUUUUAAAAAAUCA